UCUGGCGGUGACAGGGCUGUCAGGGUCAGAUGGCUGUUCAGCCUGAUUACACCAGCUCACUGCAGAUCCUCGGCUCAGCACGCCGCGCUGCUGCAACAGGGUAGAGCUGCAAACGGACUCCAUAGUACAGUUCAUCUCACUUUGGGGGAGGCUGAGACCUCAGUCUCAUCCAGCAGAGAGCUACUGGUGGCUGCAGACUAGCAGCCUACCUUCUCCUUGCAGAGAAGCAGGUGUUGGAUGUGAGUCUCGAUUUGGAGAUGACACAGAAAAUCUAAGCGAACUACUGGUUGAUGGCGUUUGUGCGACAAAGUGGUGACUACUGCCACGCCCAACACAAAUAAACCCAAUCGAUGAUGUAUUUUUACCACGCAGUCUUGGGACACUGAACCCUAAACACAUACUGUGCCUGGUAAAACCAGCCAUCUGAUGGGGUAGUCAAGUGGAGCGUCAACAUUUGAAACUAACCAGAGAAGGAUCGGAAGUCCUGCUACUGCAGAACAUAAAGGGCUGAAGUGAAGAACUGAUAUCAGUUGUGUGGUAAGAAAACACACAGCUGAUAGAUUGUUGCCUCCUGGUCCCGGAUGACGGGAUAAACAAAACUGAUGGGGUAAAAUAGUGCUGAAGACAACAACAAAAACAGAAUUUGUCACAGCUACGAACAUUUCUAUUCAUCCAUCCAGCAUUUGAAGAUUCCACGGCUGACUGUACAGCUGAAACUAAAGGCCUGACUUUACCGGCUACUGUUAUGCUGAUGUUUCCCGAGUGUUGCCGGGCUGACCGCAAGCUGUGCUGCUCCAGCAGUACCGGAGAGGAUAUUUUUGUCAUGAAAGUUAAAAUUGGGACAACUAUUCCAACAGGAGGCAUUGGGAAAGAAGGGCAAAAUAUGGGAGUUUCCCAGAGAAAACAGGAGGGUCGGUCAGAAGUCUUCCUGGGAAAAAAAGCUACAUCGGUCGCCAUGAACCGUCCAGCUCCUGUGGAACUGUGCCACAAGAACAUGAGAUUCCUCAUUACGCAUAACCCAACAGACAGCACACUCAGCUCCUUCAUAGAGGAUCUGAAGCGAUACGGCGCCACGACAGUGGUUCGAGUCUGUGACAUCACAUAUGACAAAACGCCACUGGAGAAAGAUGGCAUUACCGUGGUGGAUUGGCCCUUUGAUGAUGGAGCCCCACCCCCAAGUAAGUUAGUUGACGAUUGGUUGAGUCUGCUGAAGAGGAGGUUUCAGGAAGAUCCAGGAUGCUGUGUGGCCGUUCACUGCGUAGCAGGCCUCGGAAGGGCUCCUGUGCUGGUUGCUCUGGCUUUGAUAGAGAGCGGAAUGAAAUAUGAAGACGCCAUUCAACUGAUCCGACAGAAGCGGCGUGGCGCCAUCAACAGUAAACAACUAACUUACCUGGAGAAGUAUCGGUCCAAGCAGCGGCUGCGCUUCAAAGACUCUCAGACGCACAAGAACAAGUGUUGCACGAUGUGAACACAGUCAAACACAGAGACAAUCAAAACAUUGGGACACUCCAAAAGAAGAAAGCUCUCAGGAAUACAACCACACAAGCCUUUUAUCACUUUAACAUGGGCCCAUGUAGGCCUCGGCAGCCCCUUGGCAUUCAUAAAUGCGUUUUAUUACCCUCCUUUCACUGCAGUUCACUCUCUCCCCCCUGUUUGUAAUGACUUUGGGUCUUUAAAUGACUAUUAUAUUUUGGAUGUGUGCUUCAGUAGAUAGACAAGUGAUGAGGGAAUGGAAAAAGUAAGGCAAGUCUUGAUUGUUGAGGCUUUAUGGUGUUGCUUAGUUACAGACGAGACAGUUCAUUGGAGAAAGGCAGGCCCAUCUUACAGCAUGUGACCACACAUAUUCUGGGAUAUUUAUGUGUAACUCAAUUAUGUGAGGCUCUAUUGACAGCAGAAUCUAUUUUAUUUUGUUAUUUUGUACAUAUAAUUUGUAUAAUUUAUUGACAGUUCAGUUUUGGUUCUUGGAUGCUCCAAAGUUUUCCGAAUAUAGACAACUUAGAGACAAAUAAGGACCGCACGGUGGUCUAGUGGUUAGCACGUUGGCCAAUACAGGAACAGCCUGGAGAUCGGGAAGACCUGGGUUUGAUUCUCCCCUGUGGAGUUUGCAUGUUCUCCCCGUGUGCGCGUGGGUUUUCUCCGGGCACUCCGGCUUCCUCCCACACUCCCAAAAACAUGCAGGUGAGGUUAAUUGGCGACUGUAAAUUGUCCAUAGGUAUGACUGUGAGUGUGAAUGGGUGUUUGUCUAUAUGUGCCCUGCGAUUGGCUGGCGACCAUUCCAGGGUGUACCCCGCCUGUCGCCCGAAGUCAGCUGGGAUAGGCUCCAGCAUGCCCCCGCGACCCUAAUGAGAAUGAAGCGGUAUAGAAAAUGGAUGGAUGGAGACAAAUAAGGGCUGAUGUCAUCUUCUGAUAUUAUCGCAUGAAAUCAAAUUUGUCAAUGCUAGAUGCAUGCUGGUACCCCUGAAGCCUUCACAACCAAUGUUUUAUUUAUAUAAUGAUACAGGUAUGUGUUUACAUUUCAGAGUGUGCAUUUUCUUCUCAACUGAUUGGUGUUAUUAACAGAUUUGGAAUAACCAAUCACCAUACGUUGUAUAUUAAUAUAAGGAGUGGACUACAUGUAUAUAUAAAAUAAUAUAUGUGG